CAUUUCGCGCUGCUUGUGUGACUUGUGUCAUGGAUAGAGCUUGUUCUCACUCAGUGAACAAACUAUUUUAACACCAAAUUGUGGCGUGUUAAUAAUUUUCUAAGAAGUUGACGCUAUAACUUUUUUAUUUGCUCUUAAUGAAUUUUGAAAGGUUCGUGAAACAUUUUAAUAGUUCGUUAAUAUUUUGUUGUGGUGAUUUAGUUACUCAGUUGAUUGUAGGUGUGUUUAUUGAAACUUCGUCGUAGUAAAUCUUGUACACACGCCCGUCUGCUUGCUGUGUAUUGAAGCAUCGUGGUUGUUUAUCGUACAUCGAACUCCUCUUGUCUCUUUAUUUGUUUGGCAAUUUAAAAUGUCAGCAUCUCCAAUCGCCCGUCAAGCUACACAAAGUCAAAAUAUUCCUACUAGAAGAGUACUUAUCACAGAUCCAUCACAACUACCAAUUGAUUAUUCUUCUACACCUGGUGGAACUCUAUACUCAACAACUCCUGGAGGCACCAAGAUUGUAUAUGAAAGGUCCAUGUUAAUGCAUUUAAGAAACUCUCCAAUGGCCCAAACUCCACCAAAAAAUUUGGCAGCAAUUCCUGAAUAUCUCAUCAAAGGCCAUGAAUUUGUUGACCAUCCCAAGGAAAAUGGCCAUGACUCAUCUAGCCCUGUGAAAAAAGACAUUGAAGAUGAGAAUGACCAAUUUGAGAUGGAUAUGUAAUGGAACUGACAGAGAGAUGACUGUUGUUUGGAUGUUCAAAUCUCAUUCUGGGCAAGCUGGGAUGAGAAAACAUCAUCGUCAUCGUGGCCUACGCUCCUCCAGCUUACAUUGCUUUUGUGGAAAUUGAACAUCGAGAACAUGAUUUUACUGAAUGGCUUUAUAAUAAAACACCCCUAUUUGAAUGGAUCAAGUGAUAUAUUAACAAGUAAUGGUAUUUUUGAUUUUUUAAGUUUUAGAUUUAAUAAUUGUUAUAUUUUUAAUCUUCUAAUUUGUGUUUCCCUUUUGAUUAUUUUAGGUAUAUUGUAAAGGAAACUAAUUCAGUGAGUGAUAUCCAAAAUAAGAUGAAUCCAUGUGAUGGCAUGAUUCUUGUUUCUGGUUAGGUUUAGGGUUUAAUUUGAAUUUGUGUAUUUAAAUCAACUAAAUUUAUUAAACAAGUAUAACCACAGUUGAAGGUGGUUUUGUAAACAAAUUUUAAAAUGAAUGCUUAUGAAAAAUGUUACCUAUGUACAUCAGGAUUAUAUAUUAUCUUAUAUUAAUUUUCAUUUUUAUAAUUAAUGUUAGUUCUAUGUGCCUUACUUAACCUGUUUUAUAGCAUUUUAAAAAUAUGUCUGUACACAAUGGUUUUUAUAUGGAUAUGAUUUAUCUUGCAUUUAAAGAUUUCUUUAACCAGUUAUUGCUGAGGUUAUUAAUUUUUCGUGCAUGAUUUUGGUCUCUUAUACAAUGUUUUAUUUUUUUUGUUAAACAUUUGUUAAUAACUGCUUCAUAUGACUAUUUCUAUGAAGUUAAUGGCUCUGAAAAUGUAAACAACUUGACAUUGUAGUUAAGACGUGAAAGUUACAGUAUAUACGGUGCAUUAGUUGGAAAUUAAUGCUACAUGAGAUAGUAAAGUUGAACAUGUUAGGACACACUGCCAAUACCUUCUCGAGUCACAGAUGUCACUUAAGUGAACGUCUUUCUUCUCAUCAAGGACUAUUGAUAUUUAGAUAUAAAAAUUUGUGGUAGUAAUAUUUGGAUGUUACUUUUUAGAAUUUAGAUGAUAUUAAAAACUAACAGUUUUAAAAAUCCUAGACCCAAAUGUUUUAAUGAAAACCCGGUGAUUCUAGUAUUUACUUAGUAAAUAUUAGUGACAAGCAUUAAGUAACAUAGCAAUAAAUCUAUGUAAUACUCGAGUAAUCUCGGCUUAGUGAUAUUACUGCCUAUUUCAUGAAAUCAACUUGUUUAUGUUAUUUCUGUAUCAAUAGUAACACGUAGCAAAAAAUUUUGACCAUCACAAAUUACUAUAGUUUAUAUUUACUGAUUAUGUUUUAUCUGUUUUAGGACAUUGAAUGUCAUUUUCACGGUUUUGUUGCUAAUUUGUUGCUCAUUAUUCUAAACACUAGUCAUGUAAUCAAAGUCAUAAUAGUAAUGUAAUAAAUCUCUGAAUGAAUGUAUGUAAAAAUGUGCCAUCGGUUUUAUUAUCCAUUUUGAUUACAGUUUGUAAAAUAUACUUGUGAGUGUA